CGGUAAAAAAAACCAAGCCACCUAACAAGUGCCAUCCUUCAAUGAACGAGGUCACGUACUCUGUACAUGGUCAGGGUUACUUUUUGCUGCCUUCAGCAGACGUUGAAGCGAAACCCGGAGACAAAUGAAACCGCGCCCUAUUUACUGGCUGGAGCCAUGGAGAAUUUGCCCAAACCUCCUUUGGUCCCCACUGGGCUUUGCGUAGAGACCGGAGUCGCUUGCCACGCGAAGCUUUCCAGACUGGACCAUUAGGGGGAUUGAAGCGGGCUCUGGCGGCGGCAACGGGGCGUGGGCUCCCCCGCCGGUCCACCGGUUCCCCCAAGAACGGGAUUCGCUGGAAGAGGCGGCGACAGCAGGCGGGACGGUCCCGAAAACGACCCCGCCCCCAGCCUCGAGGAGGGGGCGGAGUCGAUCGGCGAGAGGGGCCCCCCGAUCGACGGAUCUCCGCCGCUGCCAGGCCGGCUAGAGCGCUAAGCUUAGCAGCCGCCAGCCGGGGAGCCCUGCCUAUGGCGCAGCGCCUCGCCCUCGCCGAGCAGCCGCGCGCCCUCCGGGCAACAGCACUCGGAAGCGGCUCGGCGUGAGCGGCGAAGGAGGUUCGGCUCGGCUCGGCUCGGCUCGCUCCUGACGGCCGAGAGGGCUGCCCGGGCGCGUCUUGCUUCGGUCCGGGAGCUGCCGCCGGCAUCCUUCGUGGCGCUCUGCACCGCGCCGUCCGUUGAGAUGCUGCCGCCGAAGAGGGGCCAGGCUUGGCGGCGCAAGAAGGGGCUGCGCGCGGGGCAGCUGUGCCUCCUGGCCUCGCUGCUGGGGCUCCUGCUGCUCUCGUGCGCCCGGGCAGGCCAGCGGGCUGGCCGCUCAGACGCCGCAGCCGUUUACGAAUCUCUGAACUUUGAUUUGGAGACUAGUGACAAAUGGCUGGGAAGAAGACUACUGCAAGAAACUGAGGAUAAUGUCACUGAUAAACCAGAAGAAGUAAAACAUCUCUAUCGAAAAAAUUGCACUGAACCAGCUCUCCGUGAAUUCCCUAGUGACAUCUUUACAAAUGAAGACCGGCGGCAUGGAGCAGUAAUUUUGCAUGCUUUCUGUGCCGUCUACAUGUUCUACGCUUUGGCUAUUAUCUGUGAUGAUUUCUUUGUUCCUUCAUUGGAAAAAAUUUGUGAACGCUUACACCUCAGUGAAGAUGUGGCAGGGGCAACAUUCAUGGCAGCUGGCAGUUCUGCUCCGGAGCUGUUUACAUCUGUGAUAGGUGUGUUUAUCACAAAAGGAGAUGUAGGUGUUGGAACCAUUGUUGGCUCUGCAGUAUUCAACAUCCUGUGCAUAAUUGGGGUUUGUGGCCUAUUUGCAGGACAGAUAGUUGUACUGUCUUCUUGGAGCCUCUUGAGAGAUUCAGUGUAUUAUACCUGCUCGGUUGCUGCACUUAUUUUGUUUAUUUAUGAUGAAAAAGUUGCUUGGUGGGAGUCCUUAAUCCUAGUGCUGAUGUACUUCAUCUACAUUCUUAUCAUGAAGUUUAAUGCCAAUCUUCAGCAUAUGUUUGAACGGAGGACAAAAAAUGUAACAAAUAUGGUGAAUGGAUUAGCAAAUAAUACCGAGAUGGAUGACAACAGCAAUUGUGAUGCUACAGUGGUAUUACUAAAGAAAGGUAACUGUUCCAGAAAUUUCCACCGCAAAGCCUCUGUAAUCAUGGUGGACGAGUUGCUGUCUGCAUAUCCACACCAGCUAUCCUUUUCAGAGGCUGGACUCCGGAUUAUGAUCACAAGUCACUUUCCUCCCAGGACCCGGCUCUCCAUGGCCAGUCGCAUGUUGAUCAAUGAGAGACAAAGAUUAAUCAACAGCCGAGUGUAUACCAAUGGAGAAUCAGAGAUAGCCAUCAAGGUCCCUUUCAAACAUACCAUGGAGAAUGGAUCAGGGUUCAGCAACUCUGCUAAAGGAAGCACAAAUGGAACCAGAAGAGAUGAGGAGGCUGCUGAGGGUGGCAAUGAAACAGAGAAUGAAAAUGAUGACAAUGAAAACAAUGAGAAUGACGAGGAGGAGGAAGAAGAUGAUGAUGAUGACCAAGGCCCUUACACUCCUUUUGAUCCACCAUCUGGCAUAAUAGAAAUUAUCAAGUGGCUCUUCACCUGGCCUCUAUCUUUGCUCUUAUACUUCACGGUGCCCAACUGUAGCAAACCCUAUUGGGAGAAGUGGUUCUUGGUCACUUUUGCUUCCUCUACACUCUGGAUUGCAGCCUUUUCCUAUAUAAUGGUCUGGAUGGUCACAGUCAUUGGUUUCACUUUGGGUAUUCCAGAUGUGAUAAUGGGGAUCACAUUUCUGGCAGCUGGAACCAGUGUACCAGAUUGUAUGGCAAGCCUUAUUGUGGCAAGACAAGGAAUGGGUGACAUGGCCGUUUCUAACUCCAUCGGAAGCAAUGUCUUUGAUAUUCUAAUUGGCCUUGGCCUUCCAUGGUCUCUACAGACUCUAGCAGUAAACUAUGGCUCUGUUAUUCGAUUGAAUAGUCGUGGACUUAUCUAUUCUGUGGGCUUGUUGCUGGCCUCAGUUUUUGUCACAGUGUUUGGAGUUCAUUUGAACAAGUGGAAGUUAGAUAAGAAGCUGGGGUUUGUGUGCCUUUCCCUCUAUGGAAUCUUCUUGUGUUUCUCCAUCAUGACAGAAUUUAAUGUCUUCACUUUUGUAAAUUUGCCUAUGUGCAGGGAUCAUUGAUCCUAUGGACAGUCUGUUGAGAGGCAACUUCCUUCUGUACCAGUGCAAUAUGAAAAUGGUUGGCAUUUCCAAGCAGUAUGAGGUCCCCUAUGAAGGCUGUGAAGUUCAGUGGGGCCUCUUUUUAUCUUGGCUUAGUCUCUUUCUAAGCCAUCUUUUCAUACAUAUAAAUGCUCACCUGGAAACCACCUAUAUUGAUGUGAAGAUUUACAAAUUCAGAAAGUCUGAUGGGCAAACUAACUUUUACCUGGCUCUGAGCCAGAGAAACUGAACUAUUACAGUUUUUUUAAGUUAUUUGAUGGAAGACUAAUUUAUGAAUUGAGACUAUAGCUAAGAUACAAAGAAGAGGGUACAUUGCAUUGACUGCUUUUGGAGAAAAACGAAAGGAAUUUAUUUUAUUCUUCUUUCCUAAGAAAGUUUCCUUGCAGUUUAUCUACUUUGCAGAAUAUUACAUCUCAUUGGAUGAUUCCGAUGUCAUAAACAGCGCUGUGAGAACUGAAUUCCAGGUACUUAUUAACAAGAAUGGACCUGUACUUUUCAGAAGUAGUACACAAUGACUUCCUUAGGGAAGUAAUGUAUCCCAGGAAGAGAUUUGGGAGGAAUCUUAACUGAACUGUAGAAAUGAACCUUGCUGUCAUUUUAUUCUUAACAGCAGAAUGUGAUCACUAGGUUGUUUAGAAUAUUUCCAAGCAAUAGUUUUAGGCCUAUCGGCCCCGGCAGACUCGAGAUGAAGUCCUGGUUUUUAACUUGAUUAUUGCCAAGAAAACUACAUGGAUAUAUAUCCAUGAAGUCACCAGGAGCCAAAUGUGACUCAAAGGAGAUUUAACACUUUUUUUCCCCUUUUAAUUUAAAAUACAAUGCCUGGACUAAUCUGUUAUGGGUUCUCGAUGUUUAUUGAGACUAUUUCUUUAGCACUUUUAGAUUGAAAAGUACUUUAUGACCCUCCCUUUCCUCUUUAUCCUGGCAACAGUUUGUUAAGGCAAGCACUAAUAGUAUUCCUGUAUCUUAAAAAAUAGUGCAGUUGAACAAGUCUGUAUCCCCGCACAUAUCAACUUCAGGACUACAUUAAGAUUUUAACCAAAAUUGUUUUGAUACAAAACAAAAUUUAGAUAUUUGGAUCAUCAGACCAUCUAUUAAUGUAUAGAGACUGGAGAAAAGGAAAUGGACAUAAAGGGACAUUAUUAGUUGAGAAGGCAAUAUAAGUACAUGGCACAUGUUUUAAAAUAAUUAGUUGAAGACACUGGUUUGUAAAAAGCAUAUUUUGCACAUAUAUUAUUGCUGAUGUUAUCAUUUGCCAUUCUGUGAAGGAUACACUGGACCUGGGUGGGCAUAUUAUUGUUUUUCCUUUUGUAUCCCACUGGGUGGUUUGCUUAUGCAAAUCCUAUUUUAGGAAUUUUUGUUGGUGGAUUCUUCCUGCUAUUUACCACAAAAUUGCAUAGCACUUAUUUUUAAUUUUCUUGAACCUUGGACAGAGAGGAUUAGAUUUUGACAAACUGAGAAAGCUAAGAUAAAGUCCCCAUUCAAUGUUCUGCUGUCUUUAAUGUGAUUUGCUCUAUUCACUCUGGAAAUCCUGAAGACACCUCAGCUUCCAUGUAGACCUCAUCCAUCCCCAUUACAUUUUCAGUGAUAAGAGCAGCAUUCCUGACUGUCCCAGUGACAUUUAGGCCUGGACUGUCCUGCUUUGUUUUGUUUGGUAUAUAUGUAUAUGCUUUGUUUUACUCUGCUUUAAAAGAAGGAUCUUCAGUUAGACAAAUGUGCAAGGAAGAUUUUAUCUACAUAACCCACAAAGGUCAUUCUUAACGGAAAAACAGCAAGCUGAUGCCUGGGUGUAAACACACCUUUCGAUCUACCCAACAAUUUAUACUUUAGUGCUUCCUUAUUUCAAAUGGAUUCCUUUUUGGGAUCAAUAGUAUGAAAUAAAAUGUUGUGAUUUGCAGUUUCCCUUUAUCAUAGCACCUUGCUUUUUCUUAUGACUUCCAUAGUUGAAUUUCCCCUUGAUCUAGUUAGUGUUAUCCACAUACGUGGCUAAUUUGUGGCCAGCCAGAUAGAAUUAAUUUAUUAAUUAAAUUAAUAAUUCUAUUAAUUCUAUCUAGAAUUUAUUAAUAGUAUUAAUAGUAUUAAUAAAACUUAGUUUAACCAAUAAAAUGUUUGCUCUUUCUGUACCUCUCCCUCACACACAUACAUGAACAUAAUUUGCCAAUUGCUCCCUUGUGCUCAUUUUUAGUGUUUUCAAGUCUAUGUCAGACAAAUGCAAUAAACUUGUCAGAAGUCAUAUUCUUACACUAAUUUAAUGUUCUAAUGUAUUCUGAGGGACUAUAGCGGCAUUCUAGAUUUUCUAUUUCUUUGUUAAUUAGCUACUGAGCAUCUAGGAUGGCAAGAGCCAUUUUGAUGCAUUGUUGAAUGCAUAGGACUAGAGGUCUAUGGGUGGGUGAUGGGUUCUGGUCAUUUCUUAGGCACAAAAGCCAGCCGGUGACCUAGGGCCAUUCAUUUUGUCUCAGCCCUAGGAAGAGGGUAAUGAGAAAUCACUUUAAAAAUGUCAAGGGAAAAAAACUUCGAAAAGAUGUUUUUAUACACUGUAGACAAAUCAUGACUUUUAAUCUAGGGCAAUCAAUUAUUUCACAUAGGGAUCUAACAGGAUUUUAAGCUUUAAAUUCAAAAUAAACUCUUACAAAGGAAUGAAAUGCAGAAAUAAAUAAAUAGUGGCAAUGACUGUCUUUUCAGAGAUUUUUGUCCACUGUUACAGAUUUUUUUCAUUAAAGAUUGCUUAAUAUGCUGUUAUGAAAUCUUAUAAUAUAUUACUCUUACCAUCCACCAUGCCUUCUUCAUUCUGUUUUUAAUUAAAUAAUUAUGGGCCUUCAGUAUAUUUCCUUUGAUCAAACCAUUUUAGCAUCCAGAAACUUUUUUAAAAACAUUCAUUAUCAUCACUUCCUCUUUAUUGUAUAAUAGAUUGUAUAUAGAAAUCCAUUUCACAUCAUCCAUAUGAUGAGGAUGGGUUGAUCCCAUUGUCAAUGCAACACAAUUUAUUGGUGAGACAUACUGCUUCGGUCUUGAUCAGCUCUAAAUGAUUCCCCUGGAAUUUUCUAUAACUCCCCACUCCCUCAAAACACAGAAAAACUAUUUUUGAAACAAAAUGGAACAGAAUAAAUUGAGAGCCUGGAAUGUCACAUACAUAACAAUACUUUGGAGGUAAAAAUAGUUUGUGGUCUUGCACAGUGUGGCUACUAAAAAUCUGGGCAGAGCACAGAGACAUGUGCAUGUUGCUGACAUAAAAUUCUUCAUUUUGCAUCACUGUCCUUAUGGAAUGUGAAUAAUAAUCCCAGCCUAAAUUUCUAUCUUUGUAUAAAUGGAACACAUGUUCAUCUCUGCAACUAUCCCUUCAACUCAAUAACAAUAACAGACUACUUGGAGAACAAAAUAAUAUUUAAAGACAAAUGUUAAAUUGAGAGUUUACCCUAAUUCUAACAACAGGUAAAAAGGUUGGUGGGUAUUGCCGAUUCUCUCCUCUCAGCUGUUCGCAACCUGGCAUAUCCCACUAGCCUACCUUCUCUCCAUCUUCUCAGUGCCUCUGUUUGCCUCCCACCCCUCAGUUGCCAUUGUCAAAGCAUAACACACUCUGUCAUCCCAGCACUUUUCUUCCUUUGGUCAUUGAACUCAGGUCCAAAGACUACAUAUGGCCCUGGCUGCCACCCUGAUCUUUUCAGCACAUUCCCUUCACUCUCAGCCACAUCCCAUCUCCUUUAUUUUAAAAUUAAACCAUGAAAGAAUCUUCCCACCUAAGCUGGGAAGAGUUUUAUUUCAUUUACCAAUUCAGUUUUUGAUUUAGUACCAACUUCUCUAGGAAAAAAAAAAGAUUGUGUUAGUUUCCCUUUAAACCUUUCACCUAAAAGAAAUAAAAACAGCUGUUUUUUCUCUAUGUAAAUUUGUUACCAACUGAUAAUAAAAACAUAUUAGCCACUAGUACUUCUUUCUCUGCCUUCAUUAUUGAUAAUUAGGAACUUAAUAAAAAAAUAUUAAGGCAUUUUUGAGGGUCAUGUUGGAGAUGAUAUCAAUUUAUGUGACAAUGUAAUAUUUAAAAAAUAUAAAGCAAUAAAAGAUGGGACUAGAAGAUACUGUUUAAAACAUAGUUUUAAUUAGUCCAGGCUUUUCCAUCAUAAAAGUGAAAAUGUUACAGUUUUGCAAAUAGCAACUCUGCUCCAAGUUAAGUGACAUGUUUAUUUUAUUUUUUUAUACAUAAAAUAAGUAGAAUCAUAACAUUUUCAUUUUAAAAUCUGUUUCUUUUUGCUGUAGGUUUAAAGUAUAUAUUGUAUGUUGCAAAUUGAUCUUAUCUCAUUUUAGGCAUUGAUGUUUUGCAAAAAUAGUGUAAACUGCUUUGUUUUGUAUAACCAUGAUAAAAUAUUUUUUCCAGAGCACACUGGAUUCAAUAAAAUCUGCCUCCUGGCAUCUAAGAUGCUAUCCCCUUUGAUCUGUUUUCCAGUAUCUGCCCUCUUCUUCCUUUUGUUCAAGGAUGUGAUAGUUGAUGGUAUCAAAGGCUGCUGAGAUGUGCAAGAGACCUACUAGGACCACUCGUCCUGUGGGGAUCGCAAUAUAGAUCUUGCACCAAAAUAAUCGAUCUCUAUCCCAUUUCCUAGCCGUAUUGCAAUAGGUCCAGAUAAAUUGAAUUCUGGAGUUAAUGAUAAACUGAAUAAGUGUUGUCUAAGUAAAUUAAAAUUAAAAUUAGUGCUUUUAUGCCAGUAAGAAUUUAGGAGUGGGAAAGAAAUUAAGAAUGUUUAUGAGGCCUAAAGCAAUUUGCCCACAAUUCAUUUACUCCUAUCUGCAACAAUAGCAGCAGCCCAGAAGUCAAGAGUCCUGAAGCCAGAGUUGAAGACAAUCUUUGUCCUAACCCCAGGGUCCUUGAUAACAAGCACUUUCAAGUGGUUUCCCCCCCCCCCCGAUCAUAAUUAUAUAUAACUAAAGACCACGCAAUAAUGAUUAUGACAACUCAUAUGAUGUUUCAUAUUAAUUGAUGGUUAAAAAGAAAUCCUGUGACACACACACACCCAACAUUAAGUAAGGAGAAGAAAAAGAUGUAAAGCCUCCCUGCUUGCAUUUAUAUCAUUUGUUUCAAUGAUCUGGUUGCCCUUAAAUGAGUAAGGAACAAACAUUUGGAAUGUCAGAUUGGUUACACAUUGUAGCCUCAUCUCUACAAAAUGAGAAAUCAUUACAUCCAUCGUACAGGAAGGAUGAUCUGGAUUGGGAAUGGAAUGGAAUUUAAAAUAGAAAUAGGAAUAGGAAUUGAAUUGAAUUGAAUUCUGGCUUGGGAAGACGGCUAAAUUGAUGAAUUAUUUUAAAAACAAUUUUAUUGAUUGCUUUAAAAAAUAGAGAAAAACCAAAGGGGAAAAAGAGACAAUCCCAUAAUGUUAUCAGAUUUUCUACCUUGAAGUCUAAGCUUAAAAUAGUUAAUCCAAAGAACAAGAAUCUAACAGUUCUGAAUAAUAGUAUUUGUUAGAAAGAAAGUUAAUGUUACAAUAUAAGUAUCCCAGGCAUGUGAAAUAUGUAAGAACUGCAGGGCAACAAAAGUAUUGUUGGUUUCCUGCCACUGUUCUGUUUAAAUUAAAAGGAUCUUGACUAUAGGUGGCACCUCUGUUUUGAUUGCUGUCAUUCCUAUCAACAUGAGUAAAGCCUGAUAAACAUCUGCUCAAUUCAUGCAUAUAGAUACACCAUAUAUCUCCCCCCACCAGCCUAUUAUCAGAAGAUGACUGGGAUAUUAUAUUAGGGGAAAGCUAGGCAUGAAAGCAUAUCAUUCUUCUCUCUAAAUGCCCCUUAUUCUGAUUAUAUUUUAAUAAGAUAAUUAGACAAGCAAUAAAUAUGCUGAUCUGUCAUUCUAGUUUGGUCUUAAGCAGGAAGCUUGAACUAGCCUAGCUAUUUCCCCUACCUUGUACCACAUCACAAAUUACUAUUUUUUAUUUUUUGUUUUUGUUUUUAAAUUUUAGACAAACACACAUACAAACAUACAAUGUAUUUUCUUUGAACAGAGUAUUUGGCCGGUUCACAAAUUUAAACAGUGUUUAGUCAUUUCAAUUAAAUUUACAAUUUCUAUAUUUCCUUUUUGCCGUAUUUAUUCCUCAUCUAUUUUUUAAAAAAAACAAUAUUACCCUUCAUCCUCAUCUCUAAUCUUACUCAAAUUCAAUUUUUCCCUUUUUUUAAUAAAGUUUUUAUUUUUAAUUUUCAUAAACACAUUUACAUAAACAGUCAUUUCCAUCACUUUUCAUUCAUCUUUUCUUUUAACUCUCAUUUUUCAUUUUUACUUUUUCGGGGCUGCUCUUUUACCCUUUACCUUUACUCCAACCUUUCUUCUUCUCCUCCCCUUCUCUUCCUUCCUAUUUCUCCUCCUACUUCCUUCAUUCUUCCUCUCCUUCUCUUUCCUACUUCCCCUUCUCUUCCCCCACUCCUCUCUUCUUUCCCCCUUCUAACCUUCUCCUCUACUCCUCUUUACCCGCCCUCUUCUUCCUCUCCUUUUCCCUUUCUUCUUUCUCCUCUUCUCUUCUCCUCUCUUUUCCCUUCCUCUCUCUCUACUCCUUCCCCUCACAAAGUAAUCACAAAUUACUUACGGAAGUCCCCUCUUUUUCAAAUACACUUUGCUACAUAAUAUAAUAACAUAGGUAGAAAUGCUGUUCUAGGAACAGGUCACAAAUCCUGUAGGUCUGCCUAUGGAAUUCUGGGAGUUGCAGUCCAUGUAUUUUAAAGUUGUUGAGACUGGCAAAUACUGAUCUAAGUCAUAUAUCUUUAUUAUUUUGUCAGGCAUAAUCUCUGAUAAAGACUGGAAUGAGCAAGCAGGUAAUAUUUUUCAAGUUUGAGAAAGGGAGAAGCAGUAGGGAUUCACAAUUGUGUAAGUGUGAGAUAGAAAAAAGAAACUGAAGAUAAAAAUAGCAGUUUCCACACGUUUCUACAAUACAAUAACACAAGAAAUAGACAUAUUUUUCAAUAAAAGCAAUCAUUAAAGGUGUGCGCAUAAACUGUCUCAGGGAUUAGAGCAGAAUUAAAGACAAUUCCCCAAGGAACUCUUUUUUUCAGUUCAUCCUUGACAAAUACUAAAAGGAAAUAUGAACUAAAAUACUUUAAUAAUUCAUAUGCUUACAUUUCAGGCAGUUCUGUUGGAAUUAAAGCCCUAUAAUCACACAUCGAAAUUAAAACUACUUUCCUUUGUCUGAAACAUUGUAGGUCUUACCAAAUACUUAUCAAAUAACAGUGUGAUAUUAAGCAAUAAUUGUAUCUUGUACUUGGCCAGUCAAACUUCCUAUCAAAAUUACACAGCUCUAUUAUACAUACAUACGUGUGUGUGUGUGUGUGUGUGUGUGUGUGUGUGUGUGUGUAUAUAUAAUAUGUUUGUGUGUGUAUCUUAACACACACACACGCAUUACAGAAGUGUCACAUUUGUAUAAUUGCUUUGGAUUGAAUAUUAAAUGAAAAACCAAACAUAUUAUUUCACAAGAGUAUAGUUAAGGGGGGGGGGGAAUAUUUUUGAAGCAUAAUACACGUAGCAGAAAAAGAAAAUCAAAUCUUGAGGUGGUGCAAAGUUGAAACCAUUUAAGACUGAAGGUAUGAGGUACAAUUUUUGCAUGUCUUUCAAAUUCCAAGUUCUCUCAGAGGAGGGAGAAAAGCCCUAUUUCUUUUAGAACAUUAUAUUCCUGUCUAUUCUUUUUUGUGAUCAUUUUCUUCCUUUCUUCCCUGGAGACCUUGGCCCAUUUUAUCCCUUCACUCUUAUUUCAUCUCAUAGUCUUUUUAGAUAAGACCUAUGCCCAACAGACUUAGAUUUCCCUAAUUUGCUUUCUAAUAUAGAUUAAUGCAGUCAAUACAUAUUGGUAUCAUUUACUAAAACUGGACAGCACUUCAGAUUUCAUUCUAAAGAUAUUCUCCCAAGCAUAUGAACUCAGCACAUAGCUGCAACUCUUUAAAACCAUUAUAUUUUCCCCAAGAUUAUGUAGCUGCCAGAAAACAAAAACUGCUUUAAAGGGUAUAAGCAGAUAUUGUGUUCAUGUCCUCAUAUUUCCAUAGCACAUCACAGUCCUAUUAUUUACCCACUGGAUUUAAUGGUGGAGGACAGUUGAAGAACCAUCAAGGAAGAGCUAGAGAAGAGCCAGCUGUGAUUUAUCCCAUAGAAAAAUAGAGGUAUAAGGCAUCCUAGUGAGUAAAAGGUGAUGCCUCUUUCUUUCCUCUCCUCUGUUCCUGAAUAUUGUACUCCCUUAUUUGUACAUAUUAAAACUAUAGUAACUAUGGUGUCUUUCCACAGAUGCUCUUAAGAUUUUGGUACUUUGCUUGCAUCCUGUUUUCUUCUAUUGACCUUCCUUUGUAUCUUCAAAUGUAUUGUCUCACACUGAAAGUGCAUGUUUAGGGUGUAGCUUUAGAUUGUACAAAAAUACGUAGAGCAAAUGGAAUUAAUCUAUUAGUUUCUGUUAUUCUACUAAGAGAUCACAGACUGAGCUGCUGGUAGAAAAGAAUAAUUCUGUUCUGUAUUUUCAUAACACUAAGUUUCCAAAGAAGAAAGUGGUAUUUCCAAAGUGGAGUUUGCACUCAGUAUAUAUAAAUUAAUCUUGUCUAUAUAAUUUACAUCCACUUUGUCAUACAAAAUGAGGUAUGCUAUUCCCACCUGUUGAAAUAAGACAUAGUACCCUGGCUACUGAUAAUCCAUCUGGAUGACUGCAGUUUUUAUGAAUAUUUUAUGUUCUUGAAAACUGGAGAUCCUAUACCAAACAAUAUUUAAAACAAACCAGUUGUGUGUACAAGUAGUUGGACACGUUUUUGUCCUUAUUUUUUUAAAACUGAGAAACAUAGAUUUAUAUUCAGGUUUGUACCUUGAACUUUGUAUUCUCACCCCAUGGUAGCUGGCUGCCAUUUGAAUUUAAAAAAAUAGUUUUGGCUGCUAAUAAUUGCUGUCAGCAAUUGAAAAGCCUAAAAAUGGCAAUGAUGAGUUUUUCAUGUUUUUAUCAGGCAGUAAACUGGUAAUCUAUCAGCCCAUUGCGUGUAUAAUAUAUCAGAUCUAAUUGGGUAUAGCUUACCUUUGUAAUUUUUAUAGUAUUUUCUCAUUAGUAGAAUUACUGAAUCUAAACUCUUUCUUUGAAUACAGUAGAAGAUUUAACUUUUUGUGCUGGUGCUUAUACAAUUAUCCAUAUAUUUAUUGUAUUUAUUUUUCAUUGAAAAUACAAAUUUUGUAUCAGGGAAGCAAUCUUUAUUCCAGAAGGACAUAGAAACUGAAAAUGAAAAUUGACUAAGUGUUUAUUUUGUAAGAACAACACUCCAAAUGAGCCAUCUGCUUUUGUGCUUUCUAUAACAAAAGUUCAAUUGAAUCAGCUUAUAUACGAGGGUUGUCAUUUGCUGAGAGGUUCUCCUGCACAAACAUCACUGAUAUAAAUGAGCAGUGUGCAAGAAAUUAAAGCAAUGACUUUUAGGUUACCUAUUAUCAUUUCUGAGCUGGUCUAAAUCUAUUAAAUUGUCAUAUUUACUCUCAUACUUUAAAUAAUGUAUAUAUACAUUUAGCCUAUAACUGGCACAUCUCUCCUUGGUGCACACUGAUUGUACUUUUGUUCUUUUUUUUAUAAGCAGCACAAGGUAAUAAAUGGCUCAGGUUUUGCUAGUACAUUUGUGUGUGCAUGCAUAUGUUUAUACCAGGCACCAAAUGGUCACCUGUCUUUAAACCUACAGCCUUUUCCUGUGAUCCUUGGUGUUUCAAUAAAGAUAGAAAAAUACAUUAAACUAA